AUGGCUCCAGCCCAACUGGUUUACCACAAAGACGAGAAAGUUCUGUGUUUUCACCACGAGAUACUAUACGAGGCCAAGAUCCUAGAUAUUAGGCACACUGAUCCAGAGGACAAGAAGAGCCCGCUGGAGUACGCAGUGCACUAUAAGGGCUGGAAGAGCACUAGAUGGGAUGACUGGGUACCCCAAGAUCGUCUCCGAAAAUUCACAGACGAGAAUAGGGAAUUAGCCACGACUCUUCGUCGUGAAGCGGAGUCGGCCUUCCGUCAGAGAAACGCAAAGCCUGCCUCUUCCAAGAGACGUGGAGGUUCCGACCGCAGCUCCGCCCGGGGGAGCGAAGAACGGCAGAUGUCUGUUCCUGCCCGCGGGACCAAGAGGGGGCGAGAGAAUGAGAUUGAAAAAGAGGACAGUUUCUAUAGUCGGCCUUCAGUGAGGAUUGUCAUGCCAGAUAACCUCAAGUCUCUCCUUGUGGAUGACUGGGAAAAUGUGACCAAGAAUCAGCAAGUGGUUGCAUUGCCAGCCAAGGCCUCAGUCAACCAGAUCCUUGACGAUUAUUUCAAUGAAGAGAAGCCGAAACGGGCUACCUCGGCUGAUCUGGACGUCCUCGAGGAAGUCAUCACGGGUAUCAGGGAGUACUUCGAUAAAUCUCUCGACAAGAUCCUGCUCUACAGAUUCGAGCGUGAACAGUAUCGUUCUCUCCGCAGUAAGUGGGAGAAUGGGUCGGGCAACUUUGCCGAUAAGGGCCCUCUAGAUAUUUACGGUGCAGAGCAUUUGACGCGCCUUUUUGCUACUAUGCCAGAGCUCCUGGCACAAACGAACAUGGACCUCCAGUCCACUAACAGAUUACGGGAAGAGCUCUCCAAGCUCACAAUCUGGCUGAGCAAGAGUUCAGACAAGUAUUUCGCGACCAAGUACAUGACCGCGAGCAAUGAGUACAUUGAAAAGACGCGAGGCGUUCCCAACCCGAAUCCGGGGACGGCAACGUCGCGUUUGCUUUAA